AUAGGUGUAGAAGUUCAAAAAGUAGCCACUAUGUACGGGACGCUUCGCAUUCUCCUGUUCGUUUUCCAUCUUUCUCUCCCAAUUUGGGCACACAGCCAAAACAGCCCAGAAAAAGUUCAACGACAAUGCAAGGAUAGCCACCGUUUCCACCACAUUCCCCUCUUUCCUUCUUGCCUUCGUCGGACGGCAGCCAUGGACAGCGACAACAAUGACAUCGGCAGUGGUGGGAUCCUGGAGGGGUACGCGAUCUGGAUGGGCGCGAGCGUUGCCGCGGCGUUCUUCACCUCCAUGGAGCGGUUCUCCUGCAUUCACAUCCACACCGUGGACGACGAGGGCGACUACGACCCUGAGGAGGCCAAGGAUCGCCCUCUCAUGCUCUCUCGCCCAGAGGCCCUCCCGGAGUACUACUACGACCGAUCCGGGUCCUCCGCCUCCUUCGCCAAGAUGUGACCAGGUCCUCCCCCGUACUGGGAUCAUAUUUCUAUUUCUUUGAUCUGUUUAUUGAUUAGAAUUUUGUGUGUGUUCCUUUGUGAUUCAUUCAGCCGCCUCAUGAUCUGAUUGUGUUGUUGUGUGAUGCGUUCAAGAAAUUUGGCCCUGCAUUCUUCAUGCGUGAUUCGAACGGCUGACUAAUUUUCAAUCGUGUACCGUCUAUUCAUGAAUCCUCUAUAUUAAUUUGAUUCUAAGACGGCGAAUCCUUUUCUACAUGUUUCUACCAUUGUUUUUUCAAUAAUGCACAUGUAAUUUGGACAUGCGGCACCACGUGUUUCUCAUAGUUCUUACACUUAGCUGGAGCCUACUGGUUUCCGA